AUGCUGUUUGGUCAGCCCGAAGUAAUCAUACAAUCGCUGAUUCGUAAGGUGGGCUCUUUAUCGCCAAUCCGGGAAGACAAGCUGGAAACGCUAGUGGACUUUGCGGUGAACGUUCAAAACUUCUGUGCCACUGUAGACGCGUGUGGACUGCAGGAGUACAUGUAUAAUGUCACUUUACUACACCAGCUUGUCGGAAAGCUACCACCGUCGCUUAAACUCAACUGGGCACAGCAUCGACGAACACUGUCAACGGUCAACCUGGCGACCUUCAACGAGAAGCCAACUCCAAAUGCACACGGGAAUAAGAAAGGAAACACGUACCUUAACGCCCAUUCUGAAACCAUUCAUCCUAAAAAGAAUUACAGCAGCGACUUCGAAGAAUCACCUACGGCAGAAUCAACAUCGUACCAGGAAGCCUGCCCAAUCUGCAGGAGAAGUUGCAAGUCGGCUGAUAAGUGCAAUCGUUUUCUGGAGCUCUCUAGAGAAUCGCGUUGGGCCGCCGUAAGGGAAUUUGGCUACUGCCGUACAUGUCUGCGCAUCCAUAAAGGAUACUGCAAAGCAAAACCGUGUGGCAAAGACGGAUGCACCUACCGGCACCACGAGCUGCUGCACAACGAUUCGAAGGACAAGCCGAAAAGCACCGGAACUACGGCCAGGCGUGAGCAAUCUCCGCAACCCAGCACUAGCAAGUCUGGAUGCAACACCCAUCAGACAACCGUCAGCUCAGUAUUGUUCCGUUAUCUCCCAGUAGUGUUGUACGGAAACAAGAGAGCAAUACGCACGUAUGCAUUCUUAGAUGAAGGUUCUGCAUUAACGCUGCUCGAUCAGGAGCUUGCUAACGAGCUUCAGCUUGAUGGCACUGUAAGCCCUCUGUGUCUCCGGUGGACUGGAGGAACUGAACGACACGAGGCGGAUUCUCGCAUCUACAAUCUUCACAUUGGUGGUGUUAAGAACAAAAGCAAGAAAUUCCUCUUGAGUGACGUGAGGACGGUGAAAGAGCUACUGUUGCCCCAGCAAACGAUGGACAUGGCUGAGUUGUCACAGUUGUAUCCACACCUCCAAGAUCUGCCGAUCGAAUCUUAUCGCGACGCUCGUCCACGCAUUCUUAUAGGGAUGAAGCACGCCCAGCUCAGUCUUGGCCUGAAAAAUCGUGAAGGGGGAAUCGGUCAACCAAUCGCUAUAAAGACACGCCUCGGAUGGACGGUAUGCGGAGGAUGGGGUUCCGGGAACGACGCCAACCUACACCAUUACACCUUCCACGUUUGCCCCUGUAGUGUGAAGUCAGACGAGGACUUGCACCAGGUUAUGAAGGACUACUUUUCAUUAGACAGUCUCGGGGUGGCUAAAUCGGAGAAGGUGCUUUUAUCCGUUGAAGAUGAACGAGCAUUUUCAUUGCUUCAGUCGCUGACCCGUCGUAAAGAUAAUCGAUACGAGUCCGGAUUGCUGUGGCGAUACGAUGACACCCGAUUGCCAGACAGUCGAUCAAUGGCGCUGCGUCGGUUGCAGUGCCUAAAGAAAUGGAUGGAGAAAGACCCGGAAAUGUCAAAGAACCUGCAAUCAAAGAUAACCGAGUAUGUGGAGAAGGAGUACAUCCGGAAGCUUACAGACGAAGAAAUCAACCAGAAGAUUCCACGACGCUGGUAUUUGCCAAUUUUUCCCGUAACCAACCCAAACAAACCUGGGAAGGUGCGAAUUGUGUGGGACGCAGCAGCUAUCGCUCACGGCAUGUCCUUGAACUCAGCGCUGGUAAAAGGACCGGAUCUGUUGAGCUCACUUCUCGCAAUUCUACUUCAGUUUCGGGAACGCCGCAUCGGACUGACUGGUGAUAUCCGUGAAAUGUUCCACCAGGUACUGAUCCGAGCCGAAGACCAGUUAUAUGACAUGCUCGUCAGUGUGGAUACAGAAGAGCAAGCGAUCCAGUUGGCGAAAGACGUUAAGCAUGUACACGAGCAGGGUGGCUUUGAGAUCCGAAAUUGGGUAAGUAGCUCGAGAAAAGUACUUUCAUCGCUACAGGAGGCAAACACCGACGAAAAAUGUCUCGACUUAUCUCCAGAGCUGGCCACUGAGAAGGUGUUAGGCAUGUGGUGGAACACGAGCGACGACGUCUUUACCUACAAAGUCGGAUGGAGCCGCUACGACCCGGCUCUGCUAGAAGGCCAACGACGUCCGACGAAGCGGGAAGUGCUGCGUGUUCUAAUGACCAUUUUCGAUCCGCUCGGCUUUCUAUCGUUCCUGAAGAUCCUACUCCAGCAAAUCUGGCGGUCCGGUAUGCAAUGGGACGAAGAAAUCGACGAUAAUGCAAACGAAAAAUGGAACACAUGGCUGCAAGUUCUGCCUAGAGUUGAACAGGUUCAAAUCCCUCGAUGCUAUAACUCCAAAUACCCCGCGGAAGAAGCCGACGAUAUCCAACUCCACACGAUGGUGGAUGCCAGCGAAAAUGGCAUGGCCGCCGUUUGCUAUCUGCGUUUCGUCAAGACCGGAACGAUCAUCUGCUCCAUCGUCGCCGCAAAAACAAGAGUCGCACCGCUUAAGUUUACGUCGAUCCCAAGGAUGGAACUAGCAGCUGCAGUCCUUGGCGCCCGUUUGGCUCGCGCUGUCGAAGGAUCGCUGUCCAUCCAGAUCUGCAGGAAGGUGUACUGGUCAGAUUCCCGAGACGUCCUAUGCUGGAUCAACUCGGACCAUCGCCGCUAUAGUCAAUACGUUGGUCACAGGAUCAGUGAUAUUGUAGAGAUUUCGGAAGCACGUGAAUGGCGGUGGGUCCCGAGCAAGCUAAACUGCGCUGACGACGCUACCAAGUGGAGUAGCCUACCAGAUAUGUCAUCAGAUCAUAGAUGGUUCAAAGGAGCAGACUUUCUCUGGCACGCUGAAGAAGAUUGGCCACCAUCACCAACACUUAGUGGAUCUACGGAGAACGAACUUCGCCCUUCCUUUCUGGCUCAUCACGUACCAUCAGAACCCGUCAUCAAUGUCAGCAACUACUCAAGCUGGAAGAGGCUCGUCAAAGUUGCAGCACUAGUUCAUCGUUUUAUGAACAACUGUCACCUAAAACACACCAGGAGACCGAUUCGUACGGGACCACUAACAGCAAACGACCUGCUGAUCGCCGAGUGUUCGCUGAUACGGCUCGCUCAACGGGAAACGUACCCCGAUGAAGUUGCAGCUCUUCAGAAAGCUAGAUCAUACUACCACCACAAAUACCACCACCAAAACCACGAAACCGUUAUCAACGAAAUACGGCAGAAGUUUCGCAUCCCUCAUCUACGCACCUGUUACGAGCGCGUACGAAAGGAUUGCCAGUGGUGUAAGAACCAGUACGCAGCACCCAGCCCACCGUACAUGGCCGAUCUUCCGCUAGCCCGCCUCGCUGCUUUCUCGCGGCCAUUCACACAUGUGGGAGUUGACUACUUUGGGCCGAUUGAGGUUGUCGUCGGAAGGAGAGUCGAGAAGCGGUGGGGAAUGUUAGCCACUUGCCUGACCGUACGAGCAAUCCACAUAGAAGUUGUACAUUCACUUUGCACAAGCUCCUGCAUUAUGGCGAUCCGCAACUUCAUUGCACGGCGUGGAACUCCCCAGAAGAUUUACAGCGACCGCAGAACGAGCUUCGUCGGUGCAAAUCGGGAACUCCAGCAAGCCAACGAAGAAGCAGUCAAUCAACACGAACUGAUGAAAGAAUUCACGAGCUCUGGAAUCGAAUGGGUGUUCAACCCACCUCUGUCGCCACACAUGGGCGGUAGCUGGGAGCGACUGAUUCGCACCGUCAAGAAAAACUUGAUGGUUGUUUGUUCGUCGAAGAGGCCAUCCGACGAAGUACUCCGCAAUCUGCUAACCGAAGUGGAGAACACCGUCAACUCGCGUCCGUUAACUCACGUGCCGAUAGAUGAGGAUUCGGCCCCAGCGUUGACCCCGAAUCACUUCUUACUCGGUUCGAAACCGAUCACGAGACUCGAUGAUAGCCGAGCGGCUGUAAAGCAGAAUUGGUGUACCUCACAGAUUUUAGCAAACCAAUAUUGGAAGCGUUGGGUGUCGGACUACCUUCCAGAAAUCACUCGCCGCACCAAAUGGUUUCGUUAUACAAAACCGAUCGCCGUGGGCGAUAUUGUAGUUAUCACCGAUUCCAAAAUGCCCCGCAACUGUUGGCCGAAGGGGAAAGUUAUCAGCACCAAAGUCAGCCAAGAUGACCAGGUUCGGUCCGCAACCGUGAGGACAGCGAGCGGUGUCUACGACCGUCCGGCAACGAAGCUGGCUGUAUUAGACGUCCGGUGCGACGGAGAGUAA